CUUACUCUCUUGACAUGUGGAAUGCGUUUUAGAGAAUUUUUAUUUUGGUUUUCAUUUUGUCUCACCAACUAAAUUAAUUAUUCUCAACGCAGACCACCGCGGAUUGCACGUCGCAGUAGAGAGCUUCGUUCAGUUUUAGUCGCACCUCACAACCGCUCAUUGCUUGAACGGACCAUGAAAACAACUAAUCUCGGCCUGUAUGCUUUUCGCUUAGCCUUUGGACAGGCGCCGCCGCUAUCUGCGCAGGCCUCGACGAACUGCAGCCAUGCCUACACCACAAACUCAUCCAGCUCCAACCGUGUGGUGACACGCUCGGCCACCAUGCUGGCGCUCUUCGGCAUCGCCCUCUCCUCGUUCAGCCUGAAGCAGCUGCUGGCCAAGAAGCACAGCAAGCACAAUGCUCUGCGCAAGCUGUAAAUGUGGAGGAGCAAUCGCCACCGCAGCGAUGCUGGGCUAACAUCAGAAGCUACGGAGAAGUGAUGAGCUCUGCCCCCAUGCCCUGUAGUCAUCAUGCAUUCUGCCAUUAUAUUUUACACAUUAUUAUCCAUUAUCAUUAUUCACACAUUCACACUGUACAUUUGUUAAGUUAAGUCACUCAGAAAGCAGGCAUGGGCACAGGCGAGGGCGUUUAUUAUGUAUCAAGUUUUGUUUUUAAAUGCUGCACCUAAGAUUGUAGCCAUUACACAUAUUCACCCCUGUUCACCCCGACUCGCAGCGAGUACUCACUCGCAUGCAGCGCCAACUAAAAGGAAUACAAUUUGUGAUAAUCGUGUAUGAUGAAUGCAACACACAGCAAGCAAGCAAGAAAGCAAAGCAAGGAAGCAAAAGGAUUGUUCGAUUGAGGAGAAUAGAGAAUUUCGGAAUUUCCGUUUACCAUUUGAUUUACCCCUUUAGUUUUUACAUUAUGUAUGUGUAUAUUUAUAUAUAUAUUUAGUUACAAAUUGUAUGCAAAUCGGAAACAACUAAAACCAGAGAAGCGACUAAGUAGGAAUGAUCGGGGGAUACACACAAAUAGUGACAUCGUUGGACAGUGAAUCGCUGAAUCGCAGGCUGUGUGCGCUUCAGGUGCAACAGUAUCCCAUCAACAAAUUAGUUUUAGAUCCACACUCUAAUAAAUGCAUUAUACUCAAAAUUA